CGCGAGAAGUCCGGAAGGGAAGUGACUUAUCUCAACACAAGCUUCACGAAAGAGAGCGAAAUACGAGCAAAUAGUAAAAUAACUCAAUAAAAAUGUGUAAAUAUAUCGUCUAAAAGGGUUUUGCUUAUAGGAACCUUUUUUUUCUUUUGGGUGGAGGGUAGUAGCUCAACCAGUGGCAUAAACGUUAGUUUUUUGUUUUUUUUUUGCGUUGCACCGUCAAGCUAAAUGUAAGUUUGGUGCUCUCAUAAAAAAAAAACAUGUGCGACUUGGGAAACAGCACCAUUUAUGUUCGUGAAAAAGGCCAUGUUCAUCGUGUCGGUGACAUUGUGUUGGCACAGUCAAAGUUAGAAGCGUCGUGCAGGAGGACAAACCCGUUAGUGCUGAGAAAGGAGCACUUUAUAUUCACCUAUAACUCGGAGGGAAGCCUGAGAUACACCAGCAAAUCUCUCUUUGACAUCACUCUGCUGUUCGUAGCCGAAAACAUUCACCAUGUGGAUUCUCUGGUUGGAUUCCCGGGGCAAAUAGGUGCUAGACUUUUCUCAGCAACUGAGGAGAAGUGUGUGUUUUUAAAUCCGGACGUGUCUCGAAAAGCCUUGCAGUUGUUCGGAGAGGCGUACGGAGAAAUGGUGCUUGGAUCCUUGUGUCUGCGGAAUAGGUUUGCACUCCUGCACGAAAGGAUUGAUGAAAUAAAGACAUUUCAUGGUUUAAAGUCUCUGGAUCUAUUUGGCUGCCGACUGGGUGAUGACCAUGAAAUUUUCCAGCAUUUAACAUCAAGCCCACUGGCAAGAAGCCUGACUCAGCUGUACAUUGGCGAAAACAAACUGUCAGAUGUUGGCUUACAAAGACUGACUGCACCUGUCAGGAUGAUGAAUAAAGGACUAGACGGUCUUCAAGUCCUGGAUGUUUCAUAUAACCCUCUGUCAGAGAAGGCCAUCAGAUACCUCACAUGCCUUCCCAAACUUGAAAAACUGGAUGUGUCCUGUACACAUUUGAAGCUUGACACAGAAUUGAAGAAAGCCAUCUGGGACCUGUUGCAACUAACUUAUUCUGAGAAGCCGCUGGACACCUUUGAUCAUUCAAGAUGUAAAUCAAAAGGUUGGGCGGAGGAGGUCAUAAACCAGUGGGAAAUAAAUGGCACCCAAAUGCCAAAACAGAAGAAAAUCGAUGAGUCAAGAACAGCCGCGCUUCAUUUUUUUGGUCGGCAGAAAUUUGUCAGAGAAUUACUGAAGGUGACACCCUUGGUGUGUGAGACAAAGGAGGCAGCCAGCGGAGAGAGACUACAGUUUAUUAGACCUGCUGCAAAGGAUCACACAGAAGACAGUUAUGGUGCUUUCGCAACACAUCAUCAAGCAAAAAUAAUCAAAAAACGGCAGCAACAGUCAGGCAGGUGUGACAGUUUCCAUCACAGUCCUCCAACAAAAUAUUUGGUUCCAUCAGCACUUUCACCAGAGGAUAUGGAGCUGUUGAACAGCUACUGAGACGAGUGUCUACCAGACAUUACAUAAAA